UGGCAGAACUACGGAUAAAUGAGAGAGCAAUCAUCCCCGCAGCCCCGCUAUAUUUUUCAGAUUUACUCGGAAUUCUCAUUGUCCUAAACUAAAAAGUCAUCGGAGACCUUUGCUUUGCUGUAGACUGUAAAUCGCAAAUUGUCUAUAAUUCGAGAUGGGUCGGCCAAAGCGCGACAUACGCGCAGCUGCGGAAGAGGCGACGACGCCUCCUGACCAACUCACUGAAAACCAGUCGCUCGCCAAGGUGAUCAAGGCCGAGGGCAACAGUCUCUACGCCUGCUCUCUGCCCAAUAGACGAACCGUGCUCGUCGGGCUUGCAUCUCGUUUCCGCAACACCGUUUGGAUCAGGCGUGGAGGAUAUGUCCUAGUAGAGUUCACUUCCUCCAAGGAAGAGAAAGGGAGGGUGGAAGGCGAGAUUAUCAAUAUCGUCGGCGACGAAAAGGAAUGGCGCAAACAGAGCUAUUGGCCGAAGGAGUUUCCGCGGGUUACCUACGAUGACGAGGACGAAGACUCGAUUGCAGGCAAGAUGCCACCAUCGGAUCCCGAAGACGAAGAUUAAAUUUUCCAUCGGUCAUCUUCGUCGGACU